AUGUCUCAUGGAAAUGCCAACUCGUUAACUUCUCACACUGGAAGAAAUGGAGAACUGCUGGAGUGUUCAAAAGCGGAGACAAAUGGAGCAUCUGCAACAGACAGAGUGCUGCCAGUGAGAAUUAAUGGAGGUCCUGGCGUAAGAGCCCGAGAGCCAGUUAUAAAAAAGCUGGGUACCAGCAGCACUGCCUUCAUUGGACCUGUAUGCUGUCCUAAGGCAGUCCAGAGAGCUCCCAAACCCCCAAAAGUAAGGAAACUUUCCAAACCUAACAUUGAAGAGACACUGAGUGAGUUCUACAAAGAGCUUGAGGAGAUUGAUCCAAAAGACAGCGUUGACAGUAGCACGGCCAAAAAUGAAGGCUCAGUUGAAUUACUCACGGCUCAUAACCCACCCCCUGCAAGAGAAGUGUCAAACGCAAGCCAUGGCCAUAAGCAACCUAAUCAUGUGCCUUGCCCACACUGGUAUGACAACGAGCCAUACCAACCCAGGAGACCGAUACCUAAGGGGCCCAGCUAUGGUCCGAUCUCAGAUCAUAAUCACUGGCAACCUCCCCCACCUUUCCACAGUCAGCCAUACUACAGGUUCCACAGACCUCCCCACCGCUUCCUGCCACCACCUCCAAUCCCCUGCCUCCCUCCACUACCUCCCACAGACCACCAGUAUCACCCCCAACGAGAGGGCUCCCAGCAGGUCCCACCUUUUCACAGGUUCCCUGUCCCUGAUGGGUACAGGAACUUUCCAGACUUGGAUGGCCAUGCCUUUCCCCCACAGCACUCUAACAACAGAGACAGAGGGGGCUACGGUUGGAGAGAUGACAAGUAUGAUCAGCAGAGUAAUGACCAGCCUUAUAACCAGCAAGGUUCUUCUGAAUGGCAGCAGAGGUUUGACAGAGCACCUGAGCCACCUCUGCCAGAGGAUCAGUACCAACCACCAGAAGAUAAAACAUAUGACUAUGAUCCUUCUCUGGUUCUCAUUCUGAUGAGGGGAGCCCCGGGAUCUGGAAAAUCAACACUGGCCAGGGAACUGCUGUCGACAGGCUCCAGUGGGCAGGUUCUGAGUACAGAUGACUACUUCUCCCAGGAAGAAGGCUACCUCUACGAUCCCAGUCUGCUGGGGGCCGCACACCACUGGAACCAGAACCGAGCCCAAGAAGCCAUGUGUAAAUGCUGUUCUCCCAUCAUUAUUGAUAACACAAAUAUGCAAGCUUGGGAGAUGAAGCCAUAUGUUAAACUGGCCUUGGAGAGAGGAUACAGUAUCAACUUUCAUGAGCCUCACACCAGCUGGAAAUUUGAUCCCGUCGAGUUAGAGAAGAGAAACAAGCACAGUGUGUCAAGGGAGAAGAUUGGGCAGAUGCUGGAGCGGUUUGAGCUGCCCAUGUCCUUGGACAUUGUGAUGAACUCCCAGGAGCCCAUUAGACCCACAAGACAUCUCUCACAGCAGCAGAGACACAGCAGGGCCAACCACUCAGACUUCCACUAGUCUCGAUGUCCUGGUGUAUUCAUUAGUGUACACCAUAGCAAAAUGUUCUUCACUUUCGCAAAACGCUAUGCGAAGGAAAACAAAAGCAAGUCUUUCUUAUUGCAAGUUUAAGUAGUCCCUCCCCAUUUCUGCUUUCCCCCCCUAGUAAAAACAACCCUGAUGACUAUCAACCAACCACAAUCAAUGAUCAGAGACAGCUGUAUUACAAAUUUCUUUUUUUAAAUGAUACUACCAGCAUUUUACAGGAUUGUUAGUGUAUUUGAUUUAUACUGGCAGAAUUUAAACCUAUUUUUGUGAAAAUAACAUUUUCAGUGGCACUGAAGUCAUUUUUUUUCCUAUGUAUUUCAACUGUAUAAAUUACAGGGUUUUUAUUUAUUUUUACUAUUUUCUCCAUUGUAGAAUAGUAGUGACAUCAAAACUAUGAAAUAACACAUGGAAUCAUGUAGUAAC